AGCAACAGGCAAAGUUCAGCUGCCUCGAUCACACUGAACAGUAUGGACACAGACAAGAAAACUCAGGUUCUCAGAGAGGGAUUCCUGGUGAAAAGGGGUCAUGUUGUACACAGCUGGAAGGCGCGUUGGUUUGUGUUGAUGCCAGACACCUGUCCUUUUCUGGAGUUUGAAAAUCGGCCGCUGGUGUUUAAGCUCCAGUCAGCAAACGGGGUGGAUCAUUAUCUGGAGGCUUGUACUCGGGAGGAGCGAGAUGAUUGGGCAGCUGACAUCAGCGCAGCGGCCGACAAUCUGCAGACUGCUGGUGAUGAGAAUAUGACAAACAAACAAGGCGAGGCUGGACCCUGCUUACAGAACAUUGACCUCAGCAAAGUGUUGGACUCCAUGUACGAUAUUCACAGUGGGAUCAGGAUGAGCAACCAUGUGGAGCAGGGCAGCACCUACAGAAACUGUUUCUCAGGUGAGCGCCUGAAACAUCCGGUCUUUCUGAAUAUACAUGUACCUAUGAAUCGUGCCGAGGCCGUGACACUGGCAACCGCCCUGCUGGAGGAGGGUUUCCUGCGGACUGUGGGGCUGAAGAGCAUGGAGGCCCUCCGCACCGCCGGGCUCAGUGAGCAGUUCAUGGAUGACUCCACCGCACUGUACGGCUUUUCUGACAGCUUAAAGAAAAGAGGCAGUGUGAAGGCAGAGACGUCCCAGUCUGCAUUGGAGCUGAGUGGAAAAGUGGUAAAGAGAGGAUAUCUGCUGAAACAGGGACACAGGAGGAAAAACUGGAAGGUGCGACUGUUUGUGCUGCGUUCAGAUCCCGCUUUCCUUCACUACUAUAAUCCCACUAAGGAUGACAUCAGCCCUGUUGGCGGCUUCUCCCUGCGAGGCUGUUUGGUGUCCUCUCUGGAAGAUAACGGAGUUCCCUCUGGUGUGAAAGGCAACAUGCAAGGCAACCUGUUUAAAAUCAUCACUCAGUCAGACACACGUUACUUCAUCCAGGCGCCGACUCACCAGGAGAAGAUGGGCUGGAUAGAUGCCAUCAAAGAGCAGACAUAGAGCAGCGUGUUCAUGGCAGAACAUAACGUUUUAACUUGUCAGCUAGAUCAGUUGACCAGCUAUGAAGAAAACUGAAUUUACACAUUCCACAAAUGUACUGUGUCAAACAAAAGGCAACAUGCAAUAUAAACAAAACGUAAGUGGUUACAUGACAUCUCUGUUCAUCCAAUCUCCAACAAGGGAACUUAUAAAUGGAAAAAGUCUCAUUUUCAGUGUUAUUGUUCUGUUUUAAAGUUUGUACAGGGAGAACUUUGCUUAACGAGGUUUAAACCCCCAAAACUGUAGCAUUUUAUUUGUGAUCAUUCAGUUUUAAAGAUUU